CGAAAACUCCACUAAAAUGUAAACCAGAAAUACCCCUACCGUUCGAACCUGCCCUAACGUACCUAAGUGUAGAUGCAGACUUAUUAAAAGGGCGAGCCGUCGAGGACAAUAGCCUGGUUCGCCGUCCCGUCCAGUCCAGUCCAAAAAACAAACCCUUUUCCAACCGUUGUCAACUCAUUUGUCAACCUCCUUUUUAACUUUGCAUCCUCAAAUACCUAUCGUCUACCAGCCGUAGCGUCUCAUCUCCCGGUCCCGCAUUCACUUACCAUCACUUAUUUUCGCUGACAAGAUGAGAUUGCUGCUACGUCUUGCCAAUAUGACCGGUACUCUCGAUUCUCUUUGAUCUGGCGUCUGCCGGACCGGACGACAUCUUCCAACUCAUCUUCCUAUCAGCACUUGCACUUUAAAUACGAGACACGCACUCCCCAAUCUUACUGCUUAAAUACUUCGCUUCUCCGCCUACACGGCAGGGUAUUAACUGGACAAUUCGGAACCAACCGCCGCGCCUCGCUUCCCUUGCAGAAUACGCCAUCAGCUCAGGCGGUUGGAAGAUAUGCUGUCCUGGCGAAGCCAGGAUCACGGCGAGGACCUGGAGUCCUUACAAGAUCGCAAUGACGUAACCUAUAACGAAGAAAAACUCGAAUCACCUCACGCGAUGGGAGUUAGUACGGAGUCUCCUGACGUCGUUCUUCGGGAAGCAUAUGUUUCCGCAAAGGACAUAGCUGUUGAACGACCACUACUAUUUUCCGGCGCUCCGCCUGUCAAUUUUGCCGUGGUUCUUCCCGGCUUAUAUCGAAGUGGCUACCCAAAGGCUGCGGAUUAUCCGUUCAUGCGGACCCUCAAGCUUAAGACCAUCGUCACCCUAGUCGGAAAAGAUCUCCCCGACGGCUAUCAGCAGUUUAUUGAGGCGAACCGUAUCAAACACGAAAUAUUCGACAUGACCGGCACGAAAAAGGCCGAGAUCCCUAUCAAAAUGAUGCAGUCGAUCAUCUCCAUCGUCAGCAAUCGGGAAAACUAUCCUUUGCUCAUCCAUUGCAAUCAGGGUAAGCACCGGACAGGAUGCGUCGUCGGUAUCCUGCGCAAGACUAAGGAGUGGGACACGGCCAGCAUUAUUCGAGAGUACAGCAAAUAUGCGGAGCCGAAGGUCAGAGAGACGGACGUCAAGUACAUCACCGACUUUAAAAUAGCCGAUAUUCCGAGAGUCGCGCCAAGACUGACCGGGGCGCCUUACAUUGUGCGAACAUUCUACGGCAUGGUGAUGUUGGCGUCCUUUACAUUGUCGGUUUGGAUGUACUCUGGCGCCAGGCUCCUGAUACUCACAACAACAUAACUAUCGAUGGCGCCGCUUCAAUGAUCAGAUCUUAUAGAUGGACACAUUCCCACGUAUGUCUGAAGAGGCACAAUCAGAAUAGAUAAACCCAAUGCGAUUAAACAGGUUGCGUAGAGUUAGUACUACGCUCAGAAGAGGGAAGAGGGGAGCGGAGAUUUGGGGUAAAAGCUACACCAUAUGAGGCGUUGAGAAGAAAAAAAAAAUGAUGGCAUUUCCGCGGGUUGAGAUACAGGGGUUGUACCGGUGGUCGGUUUAGGAGACGAUCAAGAGCUGAGGUGUCUCCUGGCGUUUGAUUAAGGGUUGGUUCCGACGGACAACUCCGUCGCAUCUUUGAUUUAUAUUCUUUUGUCAAAAGGGUUUGUGGUUUCGGUAAUUCGUCAGGAUCCAGAUAAUGGAAUUGGAGAUCUCUGGUUGCAACUUGGAUGGGUUAGACAGAUGUUAAAAGAGUGCCGUGAAGCUUAAUAAUAGGCACGCUCGCAUCCAGAAUUAUACUUCUUUCCACG